AUGGCAAAGAGUUCCCAAGACUUGCCCUCUAAGAGGCAGUUCCACUGGACAACCAAGGUCAGCAAUGAAGAUGAGUUCCCAACCUUCAAGUCCUUCUUAAACACUGGUCAAGAAGGAAAACGGGAGAACGAUAAGGUGCCUGCACUAAAGCCAUUAGAAGUUCCUUCCGCCAAAGCUUCCUCAAACACCAGUGAGGAAGAGAAAAAAGAGAACGGAAAGGCGCGAAUUCCUGAACUGGCAACUUCAGUGCAUGCACAAAGGAAGAAACUCCAAGCAAUUGCAGUUUCUAGGCUGCGAUCGGUUCUCACAGCAUUUGGUAAGAACCGAUCGUACCUACCACAUGGUCUUGGACCCCGAGUGGUAGGUACCCUUUUCGGCUAUAGACGUGGGCAUGUGCAUUUCGCAUUCCAGAAAGAUCCCAACUCUCAACCAGCGUUCUUGGUCGAACUUGCCACACCAAUAACUGGAUUGGUUCGGGAAAUGGCAUCGGGAUUGGUUCGGAUUGCGUUGGAGUGCGAUAAGGAUGAAGAGAAGAAGGUGGCAAGACUUGUGGAGGAGCCUCUGUGGAGAACUUAUUGCAAUGGAAAGAAGUGUGGGUUUGCGACAAGGCGGGAAUGCGGGGCUAAGGAGUGGAAGAUAUUGAAAGCUGUGGAGCCAAUUUCAAUGGGGGCUGGUGUUUUGCCAGGGGAAGGAGAUGGACCUGAGUCUGAUGGUGAUCUCAUGUAUAUGAGGGCUAAAUUUGAGAGAGUUGUUGGGUCUAGAGAUUCUGAGGCAUUCUAUAUGAUGAACCCUGAUAGCAAUGGAGCUCCUGAACUUAGUAUUUACUUGCUCAGAGUCUGA